UACAAAACCCCAGUUUCCAAUCCUUUCCUUCUUCAUCUCUCUCUUUUUUGUUGUUUAUUUCCAGCCUCUCCUAUCGCCCCCAGCUCUCUGGCUUUCUGCAGCUGGUUGCAUUUGCGAGCCAGUACUGUCUCUUCUGACACACACAUACACACACACACACCACACACACACACACGUAGACAAAAGGCCAGAGCUGCCUGUCGAACACUGCCCCCUUUUUCCUUUGCAUCUGCGAAGACACAGGGUGACCCACAGGACAGGAGGAAAGAGAAGAAAUCAAAAACAAUAAUAAAACACACAGGCACACACAGAUACUGAAACACACACACACAAACACUCACACACACACAUACACACACACACACACACACACACACAUAUACAUACAUACUGAAAGACACACAGACACAGAAUGGGGCCUGGAUGGAUCGGGAUGCAGCGUUUGCAAGGACCUCGGAAUCAUGGAAGAUUCCCAGUAGACGAGGGAGCAGAGAGAUUUAGGACAAGGAAGGAGCGGAAGCAGGGACAUCGGAUAAAGGGAGAGGAGCAUGAACCGGAGAGAGUGAGAGAGGUGUUAGCUCAUUUUCAUAAGACCAUGGGCGACAUGAAAACCCCAGACUUUGAUGAUCUACUUGCGGCCUUUGACAUUCCUGAUAUGGUUGACCCCAAGGCCGCCAUCGAAUCCGGCCAUGAUGACCACGAGGGGCAGCUCAAACAAAACGUCCACCAUGAUGAGGACUCCCACGUUCCCUCGACGCCUGAUGUCGGAGUGAGCGUUAUUGUCAAGAAUGUUCGAAACGUGGAUGCCAACGAUCACUCACUUUCAGACAAAGAUAUCCAUUCCUCAGUUGAAAACGGAAUGCACAACGGGUUCAUGGCCAUGUCGCCUAACAACAGGUUGAGCAAAGAUGGUGAGAAGAGUAAAAAAAGUGGAAAUCAUGGAACAGAAGUGACUGGCUCUAGGUACAACCAGUUUAGUCCCAUUUCCAGUGCUGAUGAGUUUGACGAUGAUGACAAGAUUGAAGUAGAUGACCCUUUGGACAGGCAAAACAGUUUACCUUGUUUCAGACCAAAUCCUCUUACAGGACUUACAUCUAAGCAAAAGGAACUUCCUUCUAACUUUUCAGGCAAUGGUCCAUCUAAGAUGGGAACUAAUGGCAAUCACAGCCAUUUAAAAACAGCAAACACCAAUACUAAUGGUACUUCAGGAAAUCAUAAUGCCUAUGAUCCUCCAAAACUAAGAAAAACACAGGAACAACACAAAGAGGUGCUCAAUGGCCAAGAUGGAAAAGAAGCAAGGGAACCAGUUGGUGGAUUAAAUAUGUCCAACCAGUCUCAAUCCAAGUCUAAAUCAUCUUCUAAGCUCUCAUCAUGCAUUGCUGCUAUUGCUGCACUUAGUGCAAAAAAAGCCAGUACGGACUUGACAGCUGCUGAACCCCCUAUUAGUAAACAGGACUCUCUAAAAGAGGCUAAGGAGAGUCCAAAGGUGACAGAAAAGAUCCCAGAACAAGAAUCAGCCCUGGAGCUUGCCAAGAAAAUGCUUUCCAAACAGCCAGAGAGUCCUUGUAGUGUUACCAGUGAGAACAGCAGCAAAGGAUCUCCAUCAUCGCCUGUUGGAUCCACCCCUGUAAUUCCUAAAGUGCGCAUUAAAACUAUCAAGACGUCUUCAGGCCAGAUCAAGAGGACUGUCACAAGGGUGCUGCCGGAGUUUGACCCUGAAGGCCUAAAGAAGGGUAUUGACUCGGGAUCGAUUGUGGUAUCUUCCUUCUUGUCCUCCCCAACAUCAAAUUCUGUUUUAUCAUCUCCUACCCGAACAACACUCCCUACCACAGUGGUGACGACUUCCGGAGGUUCGACCAUUGAAGUCACAAAGCAAAUGACUAUCAAGCCAGUUGCUACUGCCUUUCUACCGGUGUCUGCAGUAAAAACCGCCGGUUCCCAAGUAAUCAAUUUAAAACUGGCCAACAAUACCACAGUAAAAGCCACCGUCAUACCUGCUGCAUCUGUUCAAAGUGCAAGCAGUGCCAUUCUCAAAGCUGCCAAUGCUAUUCAGCAACAAACGGUUGUGGUACCUGCGUCCAGCCUUGCCAACAGCAAACUUGUGCCAAAGACUGUGCAUCUUACCAAUUUGAAUCUCCUUCCCCAAGCUGCAUCAGCUACCGAGCUCCACCAGGUUCUCUCUAAACCUCAGCAACCCAUCAAACCUACCAUGAUGGCCACUCAACCGCCUAAGAAAGUAUCCCGGGUGCAAGUCUUGGCCAGUUCUCAGAGUUCAGUAGUUGAGGCUUUCAACAAGGUCCUAAGCAGCAUCAACCCUGUGCCAGUGUAUGUUCCCAACCUUUGCCCUCCUUCCUCAGCGUGUAUUUCGUUACCAUCCCGUGGCUAUAAAUGCCUCGAGUGUGGUGACUCCUUUGCUCUCGAGAAAAGUCUAACUCAACAUUAUGACCGAAGAAGCGUUCGUAUUGAAGUCACGUGUAACCACUGCUCCAAGAACUUGGUCUUUUACAACAAGUGCAGUCUCUUAUCCCAUGCCAGAGGUCACAAAGACAAAGGAGUGGUCAUGCAGUGUUCCCAUCUUAUCCUAAAGCCCAUCCCUGCUGAACAGAUGAUCUUGGCCCCAUCGGUGACUUCUAGUGCCCCCAUUUCAACUACAAAUCACAGUUCCUCUGCAGGAAAUCAGGGGAAAAGUGAGACGACAGUGAUUUCGGCACCUUCUUCGGCUCCUGUAGUGGCUGCCAUGCCCCUGGAUGAAGAUGCAUCUCGGGUGUGUCGAUCGAAUUACAAGUGCUUGGAGUGUAACGAGUUGUUUCAGGACGAAUCAUCCCUGGCCAUGCAUUAUCAGCAAGCUGCCGAGUCGAGUGGACAAAAAACCUGCACCAUCUGCCAAAUGCUGCUGCCAAACCAGUGCAGCUUCGCCUCUCAUCAGCGAAUUCAUCAGCACAAGUCUCCGUACAUCUGUCCAGAGUGCGGCGCCAUCUGUCGCUCCGUCCAUUUUCAAUCCCAUGUCACCAAGAACUGCCUGCACUACACGCGCCGAGUGGGCUACCGAUGUGUUCACUGUAGUGUGAUCUUUGCGGACGUCGCUGCUCUAAAGUCACACACCCAGGGCUCGCACUGUGAGAUCUUCUACAAAUGCCCUAUCUGCCCCAUGGCCUUCAAAUCUGCUCCGGGCACGCACUCCCACGCCUACACUCAGCACCCGGGUGUGAAGAUCGGAGAGCCGAAGCUGAUCUACAAAUGCUCCAUGUGCGAUACAGUGUUCACCCAGCAGAUUCUUCUCUACACGCACUUUGACCAGCACCUUUCCAGUCAGAAAGUGUCCGUCUUCAAAUGUCCGGACUGCUCCAUGCACUACGCCCAAAAGCAGCUCAUGCUCGAUCAUAUUAAGUCAACGCAUGGGACGCUCAAGAGCAUCGACGGUCCCCCGAACCUCGGCAUCAAUCUACCGCUCAGCAGCAAGCCCAUCAACUCCAUGACCCCGAACUCCAACAGCAAAGACUCGUGUCCCCUAAACAGCCUGGAUAAAGGGGACAAGAAGACAUCGUCGCCUUUGAAGAAAACCGGUAACGAGACUGACAUCCACAAAAAGCCCGUCUCGUUGUCCAUGUCAUCCUCGUGUCCUGGCUGGACGUGUAAGGAGUGCGACCGUCUCUUCACACAGAGAGAAGUCUUCAUCACUCAUAUGAAGAGAGAGCACGGGAAGCAACUGAAGAAACACCCGUGUCGUCAGUGCGACAAGUCCUUCAGUUCCUCACACAGUCUGUGCAGACAUAAUCGCAUCAAACAUAAAGGCGUCCGAAAAGUUUACUCCUGUCCGCACUGUCCGGACUUCACACGCACUUUCACCAAGAGGCUGCUGUUGGAGAAACACAUCCAGCUGAUGCACGGCAUUAAGGAAGCCGAGAGGAAGUCGGGUCCGGAGUCCGGCAGUAUGGAGGAGUCCACUGUUAAAGACCAGGUACGCAGUCCAAAGCGUAAGCUGAACUCUGACGGCGAGGACGCUGAAGAAGAAGAAGAGGAAGAGGUAGAGGAGAAGCGGCGCGAGGGAAUUCCCAGUCAGGGGCGCACGGGCUCCUCGUGUCCGCAGCCCAUGAAGAAGCUGAAGGUGAGCGUGUUAAAGACUCACCGGUGCGCCGUGUGCAGCUUCUCCACCACCGAGCUGCCGCUUUUCCAGAAGCAUCUCCCGUCGCACAAGACGGACGGCUCGUCACACCAGUGCUCCGAGUGCGGCCUGUGCUACACGUCGCGGCACUCGCUCGCUCGCCACCUCUUCAUCGUGCACAAGAUGAAGGAGCCUCCGAGCGCCGAACAGCAGGAGAACGCUCCCAACGUGCCGGACACGCAGUGCAGGGUCUGCGGCAAGACGUUCGACACGGAGCCGGCUUUAAACACGCACAUGCGCACGCACGGCAUGGCCUUCAUCAAAUCCAAGAGACUGAGCGCGGCUGAGAAAUGAGAGUUUCUGAUGUCUGUAAAAAAACCUCAAACUCUCACAUAGACUCGUGUUUGGGACACAAUGAGAAUCAUGGAGCAGUAAAACUCGGGAAAACAGACUGGGAUUUUAUGGAAAUGUAAAAAUGGGAGAUGUGCGGCAAAAACACGGCCUUAAACACAAAUGUACAUGUGGGAAUACAUAGAGCUAGUUGUUUUGUUCAUUAAAAUGUGAAAAUGUGGAUAGAAGGUGAACCACGGAGACGUCAUACGUCUCGAUCCUGCAUCUCUGUACGCCUCACGUAUAGCCGACUUCUAUUAUAAAUACACAUAUAUAUGAAAAGUGUAAAGAUAUAAAUAAGCACACUUGUGUGUUUGAGGAUAUGUAAUAUAUUUAAAGUGGAAUAUGUGUAUUUAAAUAUCUAUGAAAAAGGCAUUUUGUACACUUUAUGAUAGAUGUUUGUAUGGAUGUCCCAUAGAUCUUUUAUACGGCAGAAGUUUUAUUUUCUAUUAGACCCGUCUCGUCGUCGUGUUCUCGAGCGAGCCAAACGUGUCGAAAGCUGGUCGUCUUUACCAGGUUCCAAGCGCAUCCGCUUGGCUUAAACGCGUAAUUCAUUUCGAGAUCCUUUAUUAAAUUAAACUGUUCGUUCGGAUUCAAAACAAAAAGUUUCAGACGGAAUUUUACGGCAAAAUGUGCAGCAUGUGAAAAGCAAAGACGUGUUUUGUGUCUGCAAACCUCAUGCACUGCGGAAAGCAAGAGAAAUAUUUUUAAACUUAGCAACACCUAGCUAUAAUUUCUUGAAAGAUGAUUACGACAAACCAAAAUGGAAGAUUAUUAAUCAUUUUUAUUUCUAGUUGAAUUUUACCAAAAUUGUAAACAAAUAUUUAAAGUAUUCUAUUUUCCCUGUUCUAAUUUUCCUUCUUUAAAUAAAUCCUUAAAACUAGCAAAAUUAUCUGCCAAUAUAAAAAAAAACGAUCUUAUUUUUUGGGGUAAAAUUUGAUUAGAAAUAAGUUCAAUAAUCUUAUAUUUAAUUUGUUGUGAAAUUAUUUAAAGAAAAUGUAGAUAAAUGUACCUCUGUUCAAGAUAUUUUCACUUGCCUAAAUAUUUUUUGCAAGUGUGUAUAAAUCAUUACACUCACCUGCUCACAAAAACUGUAUAUUUCUUCACAGUGCCGUGCAAAAGUAUUCACACCCCUUGAACUUUUCCACAUUUUGUCACGUUUAUGUAUUUAAAUGUGUUUUAUUGGGAUUUUAUGUGAUAGGCCAACACAAAGUGGCACAUAAUUGUGGAAGUGGAAGGAAAACGACACACACACACACACAUACACAGACAAAAAAAAUCUGAAAGUGUGCUGUGCAUUUGUUUUCAGCCCCCAUUACUCUGAUACCCCUGACUGAACUGCACAGAUCACCUUCAGACGUCACCUGAUUAGUAAACAGAGCCUAAAAAAGUAGAUAAAGAGUCCACCUAUGUGUGAUUUAAUCUCAGUAUAAAUACUGUUACGUAAAAGCCCUCGCAGGUUUGUAAGAGAACAUUAGUG